AUGAUCAGAAACUCGGGCUCACCUGGCAACUGGGCUGGCUGUCGAGACAGAGCCGGAGGCGCAUCCGUUGGAGCACGAAGGCCGUCAGGUGGCGGUGUGCGCCUCAAAGCAACCCAUACCAUCGACUACCCCAGCAUUCCAGGAACGACGUUGUCAACAUCACCGGCAUCAGAGUCUCAGCUGUUGCACCUGCCAACCCCGCAACCGCCUACACCGGGAUCCAAGUCCAUCUUUGCAUUCUGGCACGCGGGACUAGGUGCAUUGCCACCAUGUUCGAUACGCAACGUGGUUAAUUGGCAUCGCCGCUUCUCCCCUCUUGGUUGGACAAUCUAUGUCCUGGACACCGUACCAGGAUCUCCUCUCAAUGUUUCCAACUUCAUCGACACUUCUUCGCCAUCCGUGGUCCCAGAAGCCUUUACCAACGGCACGGUCAAAGGUACAUACGCUGCCCAGCAUACUUCUGACCUGAUUCGCUUCCCACUGCUACUCAAGUACGGCGGCAUAUACCUUGACGUCGGAGUGUUACAGUUCGGCGACCUGGACUGGCUAUGGACCGAGCACAUCGCCAAUCCCGCAUCACCCUACGACCUCGCUGGCUUCACAAUGUGGGAUCCACCGGAAGGGAUUUCUAUCGCCAACUUCUUCUUCAUGUGUGGAGCUGACAACCCACUUGUUCGACGUUCUCACCAUCUUUUACUCAAAGUGUGGGAAGGCAGGACAGAUACGACUGGAGCGCAUCAACAUCCACUCGUCAAUCACGUGCCUUUGAUACCCGUUCCCGAACAAAUGGUCAACAAAGCAGCUCUGACGGAUUACGCGAUCCAGAUUCAGUGCAUGGGAGCUGCGCAGCGCUGGAAAGACGAUGAUGAUAGCUGGGACGGGCCAAAAUACGUUCGCGAGCAUUGCUGGCUCUACAACAUGGUUACCAGUGCUUUUUCUCAUGAGUUAGCGACGGAUUGGAGUGGCCCGCGACAAUGGGAGCUGCUGCAGCAGAAGCUACCACAGUCAGGUGAGGAGGAGACCAAAGAUCAGGCACUCGCAAGAAGUAUCGUUGAAAACACGGUCGCGAACACUUGGUGCUUGAAGCUUGGCCAUGGCUUCCUAGCGGAGCUGUUCGGAUCAGAUUCCUUAGGCAUGCUUUGGCGGAAAAGAGAAGGCAGUGACUGCGAGGAUGGAACGUAUGCAGGGUGGCUGAGAUGGGCAGAGGUGAAUCUUAAGCAGGAUCACCCGCCUAAGCCGUUGGAUGUCCCGGUGUAUGAGCCAACGAUGAAGGCUAAGUUCUUGGCAUAG